UAUACCCAACCCCAUGUACCCCUCUCGAACAGGUGCAUCCAACGAUGCGGAUGCGACAACAGAGAAGAAGAGAUAUCGAUGUUGGGAUUUAAGCAAGAAGAUGUUGAAGAUCGCCGGCGUCAUUAUCAUACUCCUAUCAUUCUCUCUGCCAUAUUUUGCAGUCAAAGUCAGCAAACAGAUGACGGAACUUUCUUCGGUGAUGGAUAACCGGUUCAACACGAUGGAGGUGCGACAAAAAGAACUAGAAGAACGGGCACAAGGGAUGCCUGGACCGCCAGGAAAAAGGGGGCCUAUGGGGCCAGCCGCUCGUGGUCCUAUCGGGCCACCUGGGCCACCUGGCCCACAAGGGAUAAGGGGGCCAACUGGGCCUAUUGGUCCGCAAGGUCUACCUGGAGCACCUGGAAAGGGCAAUGCAGACUACCUGCCAUCCAACUGCACUGAAGUGGCAGAAAGAGGUGUAGUUAACAAGAUGCGCUACGUCAUCGACCCAGACGGACCCGGACGUGGCGUCCUGCCGAUGCAUGUUCAGUGUGACCAUGAGGGCGGAACAGCAAUUACCCUGAUUGGCCACGACAGUGAGGCUCGGACCCGUGUGGAAGGGUUUGAGGAUCCAGGAAGCUACUCCAAGGACGUGACAUACUGGAACACCAUGGAACAAGUGAGGGCUGUGGUGGACCAGUCAAGCUCCUGCAAACAGCACAUCAAGUAUGAAUGUUGCGACUCAUUCUUUUGGGACGGUCGAUGGUAUGCCUGGUGGGUGACUUGGGACGGUCGCCAGGCUGACUACUGGGGAGGUGCCAGUCCUGGCAGUGGGAAGUGUGCCUGUGGACAAACAGGCACAUGCUAUAAUGGUGGUAGAUGCAACUGUGAUGCCAAUGACCGCACUUGGCGUGAGGAUUCUGGGUUCCUGUCUAACAAGAAUGACCUGCCGGUCACCCAGCUCAGGUUCGGGGAUACUGGUGAUUCCAAGGAAGAAGGAUUCUACACCCUUGGGAAACUCAUUUGCUAUCCCUGAGUCUCUCUCUCUCACUCUCUC